GCCCUUUCCCGCUUGCACUCUAACGCUCAUCGUCUCCAAGCCAUGAGACUCUAGAAAAACAAAGCCUUUAUUUAGUUGGCUCGCCUAAAAGCAACAAACGAAACAGCCCAGCUGAUUUUUGGCUUGGUCACUUUGCACCACUUUUCAUGGUUCAACACCCAUAUACGCCCGGGACUGCUCCCACUGGGCGCGAGAUAUUCGAGAACUGCUUUUCGGGCGCUCAAGAACGCCCGUUUAUACCCCGUCUUAGGUCCGAUCCUGUAUCACAUCACCCACUACCACAUAGUCUGUUGGAGUUCCGCGAGGAGGAGGGAAGAGAGGAACGGGAGAAGCGAUUACAUGAACUGUGGAGAAAGCUUCCAAAACCAAAAUAUCAUGAAAUAGGAAUAGACAGUGAACCGUCAAAGUCGAAAGACGUGUCGAGUGGAGAGCCUGCUGCGGUGUCGAGUAUGACGCAGGAAAAGGCGGAGUUGAUGAAGAAUAUGUAUGAUGAUGAGCUUUUGGGGAGUUGUGGAGGGAAUAUAUCGAACGGACACUCGGGCCAUAUAAGGUGGCCAGAGUUUAAAAAGUAUGCAGAGGCGAAGGAAGCAGAGCUGUGGUCGAUAUUUCACGAUGAACUCGAUUUGGACGGGAAUGGACAUCUGGAUGCUGAAGAGCUAUCAGUGGCCCUUGGAAGGGCAGGCAUCACUCUUACACCGACUACAUUGACGGACUUUAUGAUGUUCUUGACUUCUUCUCCUCACUCGCAUGCCAUCAACUUUCGUGAAUUCAGGGAUUUCUUGCUUCUACUACCACGGAAAGUAUCCGUGUCCGAAAUAUAUCGAUACUACGAGGUUUCAAAAUACAUGGGUGAUGAUGGGAGAGGGGCAGCUCGCGUUACAAUGGAAGGCGAUGUUAGCCUCAGCGCUGAAGAUAAACCUCCUCCUUUCACAUUUCCUAAGCUACCACAAGAACCUUCGAGUUUGCCGGUUGGCCAUACCAGUCCAGUCGAUGAGGAUGAAGAGGAAGGUGAAUAUGACGAAGAGGAAACCGAGCAUCACAGUUGGCACGAGGGGCAUACGGCGAUCAAAUUCCUGUGCGCUGGUGGAAUAGCUGGGGCAGUAUCACGUACAUGCACAGCACCGUUUGAUCGCCUGAAGAUCUUCCUUAUCACUCGUCCACCAGAGAUGGGUGGGACGGCUCUUGCGACGCCAUCGGGUGCUGGUGGCUUGAAGGCUAUCGCUGGUGCAGUUGCGCGCAUAUAUGCUGAAGGCGGUGUAUUAGCUUUCUGGACGGGUAAUGGUCUCUCUAUAACUAAGAUAUUUCCUGAAUCUGCGAUCAAGUUCUUGACUUAUGAAUCCUCGAAACGUGCGUUUGCUAAAUACUGGGACCACGUGGAAGACUCGAGAGACAUCAGUGGUGUUAGUCGCUUUUUAUCGGGAGGUAUUGGAGGCCUCAGCAGUCAACUCAGCAUAUAUCCUAUUGAGACGCUCAAAACACAAAUGAUGAGCUCUACUGGAGGUCAAAAGAGGACGUUGGCUGAAGCAUCGCGGCUGGUCUGGAAAUUGGGUGGCGUCAGAGCCUACUAUCGUGGUCUAACAAUCGGUCUUAUUGGAGUCUUUCCAUACUCCGCCAUUGACAUGAGCACGUUUGAAGCCCUGAAGCUCGCUUACCUGCGUUCGACGGGUAGAGACGAGCCUGGUGUUCUGGCACUCCUUGCUUUUGGUAGUGUGUCGGGGAGUGUGGGCGCUACGAGUGUUUACCCACUCAACCUAGUGCGGACACGGCUGCAGGCGUCGGGUUCUUCAGGACAUCCACAGCGCUAUACUGGUAUCAUGGAUGUAGUCAUGAAGACCUAUCAGAGGGAUGGGUGGAGAGGAUUUUAUCGCGGAUUAUUCCCCACAUUAGCCAAGGUCAUACCCUCAGUAUCAAUCUCGUAUGUGGUCUACGAGCACAGUAAACGGAGACUUGGUGUAUAGAUAUCUACCUACAUUUUCAUUUUCAUUAAUACAUGUGCAUAGAUUACUUAUACCGUCUUCACGCUCUUUACUACAAGUUGUAUCGCAUCGCAAUUUUUUAAGAUUAAUAUGAGAGUGUCGCCUUAGCAAGCUCACUAUCUCAUAAAAUUGGAAUC